AAUAAAAAAAAUUGUCCCAGUUCUUAAACAUUCCCUGAAUAAAAGUAACAUACAGUUAUGUGCAACUUUUUUUCUUUUUGUGUGUGUGUGUGUGUAGGUUACAUUUGCUACUUGCCGUAUGCCGUUAAGUGUUUCCAUAAAACUUUAAAACUAUCAAACAUUAUUCCGUUGAAACGAAGCAGAAAGCUUUUACUGCGAAAAUAAAUCAGUUUCGAUUCCGGUCUGCUGCUGCUGCUGCUGCUGCUGUCUAAAACCGGUCCCUCUUUUGACUGAGCUGGAUCAUCAGGUGGUCGCUGGCUGACUGGCCGAACUGAUCCCAGAACAGGGUUUUUCAGCACCGCGGUCAGCUCCGAGCCCUGCCUCUUUCCUCCUGCAGGCAGCGGAGCAUCAACGCAUCAGCGCUUCCUCCAUCUGCGACCCCUCCCCUUUUAAAUGUGCUCUCCUGAUAAAUCCUUCUUAUCUGUCACACACACUACUGGAGUUACAAGGCUUUGGACAUCGCGCAACCAAGAAGACUCAACAGUAUUUCCGGGUUUUCUUGUUUUUCUUCUUCUUCUUUUUUCUAGCUGAGAUCGGCUGCAGAUCCCCCCCCCCCCCCCCCCCCACACACACACACCAGCAGCCCGUGGCGUUAAUCAGGCACCGUUUGUGCCUCUUUCCUCCUGUGGCUCCAAUUAAUGCAGUUUGAUUUAGCCUAACAGUAGUUUAUUUUAGACUCCAGCAGCAUGUUGGAUCCGUCUUCCAGUGAGGAAGAAGGGGACGAGGUGGUCGAGGUGGAGCGCAAAGAGGUGGCCGCCUCGAAGAGCCUCGGAGGAGCCCGACGGCCACCGGGCCGAGCCGCCGACGAUCAUGGCGGCGGAGGGCUUCAGCCCCGGGGCCGCGGCAGCGCCGGUGGCCGACCCUCCAGGCCCAGCCCUUCGGUGGGCAGCGACAAGGAAAAGGAGGACCUGGAGAAGAUGCAGAGGGAGGAGGAGGAGAAGAAAAAGCGGCUCCAGCUGUAUGUGUUUGUGAUGCGCUGCAUUGCUUAUCCGUUCAACGCAAAGCAGCCCACCGACAUGGCCAGGAGGCAGCAAAAGAUCAGCAAGCUGCAGCUUCAGACCGUCAAAGAUCGCUUUCAGGCAUUCCUCGGUGGAGACACUCAGAUUGUGGCUGAUGAGGCUUUCAUCAACGCUGUUCAGAGCUACUAUGAGAUCUUCCUGAAAAGUGACCGCGUGUCCCGGAUGGUGCAGAGCGGCGGUUUUUCGGCUAGCGACUCUCGCGAGGUUUUUAAGAAGCACAUCGAAAAGCGCGUGCGCAGUCUGCCCGAGAUCGACGGCCUGAGCAAAGAGACGGUGCUGAGCUCGUGGAUAGCCAAGUUCGACACCAUCUACCGAGGGGAAGAAGACCCCCGGAAGCACCAGCAGAGGAUGACUGCCAGCGCUGCCUCCGAGCUCAUCCUCAGCAAGGACCAGCUGUACGAAAUGUUCCAGCAGAUCCUGGGGAUCAAGAAGUUUGAGCACCAGCUGCUCUACAAUGCCUGUCAGCUGGACAAUCCUGAUGAGCAGGCGGCUCAGAUCAGAAGGGAACUGGAUGGACGGCUGCAGAUGGCGGAUCAGAUCGCUCGGCUCGGAGGAAGGUUUCCCAGGUUAAUUUCCAGAGAGAUGGAGGCCAUGUUCAUCGAGGAGCUGCGCUCGUCUGUCAACCUGCUGAUGGCAAACCUGGAGAGCAUGCCGGUCUCCAAGGGCGGCGAGUUCAAGCUGCAGAAGCUGAAACGAGGACACAACACCUCCAUUAUGGACAUGGGUCAGGAGGAUGAAAAUCUGCUGUCCAAGUCAGACGUGGUCCUCUCAUUCACUCUGGAGGUGGUGAUAAUGGAGGUUCAGGGUCUGAAGUCUUUGGCUUCAAACAGAAUAGUUUACUGCACCAUGGAGGUGGAAGGAGGACACAAGCUGCAGACGGACCAAGCUGAAGCCUCCAAACCAAUCUGGGGAACCCAAGGUGACUUCACCACCACCCAGCCUCUACCUGCUGUGAAGGUGAAGCUGUUCACUGAGAGCACAGGCGUGCUGGCUUUGGAGGACAAGGAGCUCGGAAGGGUUGUGCUUCACCCGACUCCCAACAGUCCCAAACAGUGUGAGCUCCACAAGAUGGCAGUGACUAAAGGCUGCCCAGAUGAGCUCAAGAUAAAACUAGCCAUCCGCAUGGACAAGCCACAGAACAUGAAGCAUUGUGGGUAUCUUUGGGCCAUUGGCAAAAAUGUGUGGAAAAGAUGGAAGAAGAGAUUCUUUGUCUUGGUACAGGUGAGCCAGUACACUUUUGCGAUGUGCAGCUAUAGAGAGAAGAAGGCUGAGCCGGUGGAGCUUCUGCAGCUGGACGGCUACACUGUGGACUACACCGACCCUCAGCCAGGUCUGGAAGGCGGCCGGACGUUCUUCAACGCUGUGAAAGAGGGCGACACUGUGAUAUUUGCCAGCGACGACGAGCAGGACCGCAUCUUAUGGGUGCAGGCCAUGUACAGGGCCACCGGUCAGUCCCACAAGCCGGUGCCCCCUACCCAGGUCCAGAAGCUGAAUUCCAGGGGCGGCACUGCUCCGCAACUCGAUGCGCCCAUCUCCCAGUUCUACGCUGACCGAGCCCAAAAGCACGGCAUGGAUGAGUUCAUCUCGGCCAACCCGUGUAACUUUGACCACGCCUCCCUGUUUGAGUUAGUGCAACGCCUCACCUUGGACCACAGACUAAAUGACUCCUACUCCUGCCUGGGUUGGUUCAGUCCCGGCCAGGUGUUUGUCUUGGAUGAAUAUUGUGCCCGCUACGGCGUCAGAGGCUGCCAUCGGCACUUAUGUUACCUUAGUGAUCUGUUGGAGAGGGCUGAGAAUGGAGCCAUGAUUGACCCCACGCUGCUUCACUACAGCUAUGCUUUCUGUGCCUCCCACGUACAUGGAAACAGACCCGAUGGGAUCGGCACAGUGACUGUGGAGGAAAAGGAGCGUUUUGAAGAAAUCAAAGAGAGACUACGAGUGCUUCUGGAGAACCAGAUUACACAUUUCAGAUACUGUUUUCCAUUUGGACGACCAGAGGGAGCACUAAAAGCAACUCUGUCCUUGCUUGAAAGGGUUCUGAUGAAAGAUGUUGUGACACCGGUCCCACAAGAAGAUGUCAAAGCUGUGAUCAGGAAGUGUCUGGAACAGGCCGCCAUAGUCAACUACCAACGCCUGUCAGAGUAUGCAAAACUGGAAGGGAAAAAAAGAGAGAUGUAUGAGCAUCCUGUCUUCUGCUUGGCGUCUCAAGUGAUGGAUUUAACUAUUCAAAACGUAGGCCGUUUAGUCACCCCUGCCAAAAAGCUGGAGGACACUAUCCGUUUGUCUGAGCUGGUUAUCGAGGUGCUUCAGCAGAAUGAGGAACACCAUGCUGAGGGAAAAGAGGCCUUUGCGUGGUGGUCGGACCUGAUGGUGGAGCAUGCCGAGACCUUCCUGUGUCUUUACUCGGCCGACAUGGAUGCAGCCCUUGAAAUCCAGCCGCCUGACAGCUGGGACAGUUUCCCGCUUUUCCAGCUGCUCAACGACUUCCUGAGAGUGGAUUACAACCUGUGCAACGGGAAGUUCCAUAAACACCUCCAGGACCUGUACGCCCCUCUGGUGGUGCGAUACGUGGACCUGAUGGAGUCGUCCAUCGCUCAGUCCAUCCACAGAGGCUUUGAAAGAGAGUGCUGGGAACCAGUAAACAACGGUUCAGCAACUUCGGAGGACCUGUUCUGGAAGCUGGACGCUCUGCAGACGUUCAUCAGAGAUCUCCACUGGCCGGAAGAAGAGUUCGGCAAGCACCUAGAAACCAGACUGAAGCUGAUGUCCAGUGACAUGAUAGAAUCUUGUAUAAAACGGACCCGGGCAGCAUUUGAGGCCAAGCUGCAGAGAAGCAGCCGGACCACAGAUUUUCGCGUGCCUCAGUCCAUCUGCACCAUGUUUAAUGUCAUGGUGGACGCCAAGUCCCAGUCAGCCAAACUGUGUGUUGUGGACCUCGGUCAGGAGAGACAAUACCACUCCCAAAUCAACCAUCUGAUUGAGGAGACGGUGAAGGAGAUGAUUACUCUUUUGGUUGCAAAGUUUGUGGUCAUUCUAGAGAGUGUGUUAUCUAAACUCUCUAGAUAUGAUGAAGGAACCCUCUUCUCUUCCUUCUUAUCUUUCACAGUAAAAGCUGCCUCAAAGUAUGUGGAUGUACCUAAGCCAGGGAUGGAUGUUGCAGACUGCUACGUUACCUUUGUUCGUCAUUCCCAGGACAUGCUGCGAGAGAAGGUCAAUGAGGAGAUUUACGUCGAGAGACUUUUUGACCAAUGGUACACGAGCAGUAUGAAUCUUAUUGGAACAUGGCUGACUGACCGUAUGGACCUGCAGCUGCAUGUCUACCAACUGAAGAUACUCAUCAGGAUUGUCAAAAAAAAGUACCGUGAUUUCCGUCUCCAAGGAGUUCUGGACUCAACAUUGAACUGUAAGAUGUAUGAGACCGUAAGAAAUCGGCUGACCUUAGAAGAAGCUACCGCUUCGGUGAGGGAAGGAGGGAUGCAAGGCAUUACAAUGAGGGACAGCGAUGAAGAUGAUAAUGAUAACUAGAUCAAAGAUCUGGUUGCUACCACAAUGUCAAAAUGGGUGUACGAUGUGGCUUCCACGCCUUGUGUUGGAUUUAUUGUAAGUGAAGUUUUUGCCAGUAGUUUCCUUCUAUCAGCUGUUUUCUAACGAUGUUCUUCUUGAGCUUUGCGUCAUCCUGUGUAAAAGUGCUGCAUGUCGCUGGUGUCCACUCCUCAAAGUGCUUUUGCUUCAUGUGUGAAGUCACUGGAAACUUCUGUUUUGCCUUCUCGAAGUGCCCAUUAUUUCUGAGAACAUUUCAAUAAAAGGUAAAUAAAAUGUGGAAACG